CACAACUAGUAUACAAUGCGACGUCGUCACUCGUCAGGAAGUGGAUCGAGGAAAAAAAAUAUCAUUUUUUAGCUCUCACAGAAAGAGAGAGAGAGAGAGAGAGAGAGAGUGUGUUUAUUUGAGUUUGCGAUUUGUGAUUUCUGAUUUGUUGGCCCAACUUGGCAAAGCAAUGGCUCUUUCUGUAUCCCUUAUGCAACUCAGUUGCGUCUCUCUUCUUCACAAUAAUCCCUCAUCAUCAUCAUCACCGGUGACCCUUUUGCCCAAAUCCCUCUUUCCUUGUGGAAUUUCCCUGAAACUGAAAGGGUUGGUUUUUUGGAGUAAAAGUAGUUCAGUGUGUGGAAGAAGAAGAGAGGGAGUUGGGAGUAUCAGUGUGAAUGCCUCUUUGGUUGAGGCUCCAGUUUUGUGGGCUGGAAGGCUAUGCAUCUUCUAUGCCCUCCUCAAGGCUGGCUUGGCUGGAUCUCAAGCCAACCCACUUGUCUCAGAUUUGGAAAUUGGGGAUACUAAUGAUGAAUCUGCUCCUGCUGCUGCUACUGACUUGGGAUUCUCCAAAUGGGCCCAGACCAUACUAGGAAAACCAGCAAAAGAAGCUGCUAACGGAAGGAAACUUGUUAGUAAAUGGCAUCCCACAACAAAGGGUACACUUAGAAGAAACUAUAGAGUCCCAUCCAAGCUCGAGGGGCGACGUCUUCUUAAAGCUAUUGCAUCUCUAUUAUCAGAUGAUGAUCACUUUGUUGAUGCCACCUCUCACAAGGGUUGCCAAAUCCGUAGGGAAAGUGCUCAUGGAGAAAGUGUGUGUUGCAACAAUGUGAGAGCUCUUUUUGAUGAGCUCCCAACACCCCAUAUCAUUGUGGAAAUCACACCUUUUCCUGCUGGACCCCUUAAUGACAAUGAUUACAUUAAAGCUGAGAAGCUUGAGAAGGUUCUCAGGUCUAGUCCUUCUGUUUGAUUUGUCUAUGUAUGGGUGUUUCAUGCUUUUCAUGUACAUAUUCUUUGCUACCUUGUAAAUAUUGACUUGAUGAACAGAAAUUUGUAUCCUUUCAACUCCUCAACGUUUUACUUUUGAGGUGAAUCAUAGUUACACCUUUAAAAGACAAUAACAUCUUUCCAUAUUUAGUAUGAGAAGACAUUUAACAUGGAAAA